CAGUUAACUAUAUUCAUCAUGUUGGAAAGGUUGUAUGUCUCGAGUUUGUUUUGUAUUAGCGAUGAAGUUUGUUUUACGAGGGGUCAUGAGUUCAUUAGUUUGUUUAUUUGUGUCUCAGUGAACCAAACAUAAUUCUCCUUCAUUGUUCGUUUGGAAUCGAAAACGAGCUCUGCAAUAAUGAGUGGUAAACAACAUUCCGUAUACUUUUCCCAACUGAAAGCGAUGUUGAAGCGGAAUAUUCUUCUGAAGAAACGAGAGAAGCGGAAAACGACAGCAGAAGUUUUGUUGCCGUUAUAUUCUUUGGCUAUCCUGAUUAUUCUGAAAGUAACGUUUCCGAAUCCAAAUUUACCAGAAAUAGAUGUUCCACGAGGAGAAGCCGAACUAUUAGGGCAUUUUGGAAAGUUACAAAGCCACAAUAUUGCGGUAGUUCCAAAUUCAACAGAUGUGUUGGAUUUUCUGGAUAAAGUUGAUAUUCUCUGGGAUUCAGUAAAUCCAGAUAACUUCAAAAUAAAUUGGGAUCUAUACGCAACGGAGAAGGAUUUGAUGUCAGCUUACUGGAAAAAAUCAGAAGAUAUUCCCAUUGCUGUUUUGUUCGAUGAACCUGGACCAAUUAAUGGACCUCUUCAAUACGAAAUUCGAACGAAUCCUUCGCUAUAUGGUACACCUUCAACAACCAGCUUAUACAGCUCCCCAUUAGCUUGUAGAGAUACAAAAAGCCAGUGGUAUAAAUAUGCGGGAGUUAUACCAGCCAUGGAAGGAGGUGACAGUUGUCCAGUAAAUCAGUACUUUUACUCCGGGUUUUUGGCCCUACAGGCUCUGUUAGACUAUACUCGAAUAAGGAUUGACACCAAGUCAAAUUUGAAAGUGCCUCGAUUGUUAUUGGAAAUGUUUCCAAAACACGCCCACACCGGGAAUUGGAUGGUUUACAUCCGAAUUAUUAUACCCAUAUACAUGGUGAUGUCUCUAUCUCAGUUCAUUACGUAUUUGUUGAUACUGAUAGUGGGUGAAAAGGAAAAUAAAAUUAAAGAAGGUAUGAAGAUAAUGGGGCUCAAAGAUUCGGUCUUUUGGCUGUCCUGGUUUAUUAUUUACGGAGUCUUCGUCUUGUUUUUAACAAUAGUGUGCUGUAUUCUUCUCUUCACCCUGAAGGUAUUCACCAACACCAGUAUAAUACUGAUAUUCAUUUUGGUUUUGCUUUAUUGCUUGACCAUCAUUAUGUUUGGUUUCAUGAUCACUCCAUUUUUUGAUAAAUCCAGGACAGCUGGAAUAUUGGGAAAUUUUGCCGUUACAAUUAUGAGUUUUUUCUAUUUCAUCCAAGUAUUUUUGCACGACUCAAGUUCUGUCGGAUUAUGGUUUCUAUCGUUGAUAAGUCCAUCUGGGUUUGCUUUGGCAAUGGAUAAUGCUUUGGUGAUGGAUUUGUCGGGAGAAGGUGUGAAUUUCAACAACGUUUGGUCUGGUUCUGGAAUGCCCUUUGGUGGAAGUCUUAUCAUGAUGUCAUUUGAUAUAAUAUUAUAUGGAUUCCUGGCAUAUUAUCUAGAUAGUGUAAUACCAAGUGAACAUGGCGUUAAAAGAUCGCCCUUAUUUUGUUUCAAACCAUCAUUUUGGUGUCCCAAAAAACGUUUGCAGAAGAUGCCCCUGGUAGCAAAUGGAGACGGUUCUGUACAUUCUCUUAAUAACACAGACUCAGCAUCCGAUGUAGAACCUGUACCAAGAGAAAUGCGUGGUAGGGAAGCAAUAAAAAUUGUUGAUCUAUACAAAAGUUUUUAUCAUUGCCAAAAACCCGAGAUCAAGGCUGUGAAUGGUAUCAAUUUAACUAUCUACGAGGGGCAAAUAACCGCCAUUUUAGGUCAUAACGGUGCUGGCAAAACUACUCUUUUCAACAUUCUAACAGGUUUGACCUCUCCCACCGCUGGAACAGCCUACAUUUUCGGAUAUGACGUUAGAGACCCGAACGAUAUGGAUCAAAUACGUCGAAUGACAGGAGUUUGUCCGCAACAUGAUAUACUGUUUGAUAAUCUUUCUCCGAGGGAGCAUUUGGAAUUUUUUGCAGCUGUUAAGGGCAUACAUCCUUCGGCAAUAGAAUUAGAAGUAAUGAAAACCUUGAGAGAUAUCGAUCUCACAGAUAAGGCCAACGCGUCUGCUAAACACUUGAGUGGCGGCCAAAAACGUAAAUUGUCUAUCGGUAUAGCUGUCAUAGGAGAUCCUAAAAUCAUUAUUCUAGACGAGCCAACUGCAGGGGUUGAUCCAUACUCCAGGAGGCACAUGUGGUCUGUUCUCCAGAAUAGAAGACACGGAAAGGUUAUCUUACUAACUACGCAUUUUAUGGAUGAGGCAGAUAUUUUAGCUGACCGAAAAGCAGUUGUAUCAAAAGGUAGCAUAAGAUGUUGUGGCAGCUCGCUCUUCUUGAAAAAUAAAUUUGGUAUUGGUUACCAUUUAACUCUUGUUCUGGAAGGAAUAUGUAAAGAACAUGCUAUCAAUCGACUUGUUACCACACAUGUUCCCAAAGCUGAAAGGGCUAGAAGACACGGUCGUGAACUCAGUUUCAUAUUACCUCAUAAUGCUGUUGAGAAUUUUGCAUCAUUAUUCUCGGCAAUAGAGCAAGAAAUCAAUAAUAAGAGUAGUAAGUUGGGUAUAUCUAGUUACGGAGUGUCAAUGACAACACUUGAAGAAGUGUUCCUCCACUUAGAAAGGGAUGAGGAAACUGAAUGUACCGUUGACAAUUUGUCGAAAAAAAUCGUGAGGAACAGAGCUCUCAGUAGAAGUUUGAGUUUGCAGAGUAAGAGUACCAGUUACCAAUCUCUGCAGAAUGAAACCAAUAACAUGCUCAAUCCUGAUAGUAAAGGUGGAGGAGAUACAACUCAAAUAGGCGGAUUGGAAAUAAUAAGUGAAACAAAGUCUCCAAUCACCGGUAUUGGUCUUGAGAAAAUUGAAUGCCAUCCAAAUUGCUUUCAGACCAUGGUAGCUUUAUUGAGAUUGCGAGCUUUACGCUUGAUGCGUGACAUACAAAAGCUAUAUUUCAUGAUAUUACUGCCAUUGGGAAUAGCUACACUAGGUCUCUAUUUCAACAGCAUACAGAGUGGCCCUUUGAAGAUGCACUCUUUGGCUCUAAACAUGAGCACUUACAGUAGAACACCCAUUGCGGUUCACAAUGCAUCGGAAUCAAACUUAGAUAACUUUCUGCAGCAGAUGGUCGAUCUAGGCGUGUCAUCCUUGGAUGAUUACGAUGGAAAUUUUUCUUCGCUUCUUUAUACGGAACCACAUAUGGCGGCGUUUAAUGUAAAUUAUUUUGAAAAUUUGGACUACAGCGUAACUGUCCUCUAUAACGAUACAGAGCAUCAUAGUUUACCAAUUGCCUUGAAUCUCAUAAGUAACGCAAUCUACAGAAUUUUGAGCCCUGAUCAAGUCAAGAAAGGUGAGUGGAUGCCAAUUGAAGUGAAAUCCCAACCAUUUCAACAAACCUCUCAACCAGAAUUCAAUCUUGGAGCCUAUACUGCAACAUUCACAAUGGGAAUGAUAUUUGCACUUGUACCGGUUAGUUUAGCAGUUGACAUGGUUUAUGACAGAGAAAUAAAGGCGAAAAAUCAACUGAGAGUCAAUGGUUUAUCCUUCACUAUGUACUUCGUGACGUACUUUCUGGUAUUGGCCGCAAUUAUGGUGUUCAUAUGUGCCGUACUUCUGGUGAUAAUAUUACUUUUCAAUACUCGAUCUCUCAACUCGUGGCCGGCACUCACCACCUUGGGAAUUUUAAUCUUUUUAUACUGCCCCUCAUCGAUAAUGUUCAGUACCUGUGUAAGCUAUAUUUUCGACAAAACGGAUUCGGCCCAAUCAAUAUUACCGAAUAUCGCCACCUUUGUUGGAUGUAUACCAUUUCUUCUGGUUAUGUUCCUCAGUAAGUUAAAAACAAACAUUACAAUAAUUUUUUUGUUACAUGUAGUAUUCUCCUUUCUAAACACAAUGUAUUUGCCUUAUGCUAUGAUCUAUUAUGUACAGAGGGUUGAUGUUAUGUGUCAACAAUAUUUGGGAUGUACGGAAAUAACACUUUCAAGUUAUUUCACCAGCGAAAUCAUCGUCAUGCUUGUUGGCGUGCUAAUUCAUAUUCCAUUUUGGUUCUUCUUUCUUCUCGUUAUCGAUAUCAAGAAAAGUGGUGGCAAACUGAGAGAUAUUUUCAAAGCAACCAAGAAUAAAAAAGAAGAACCUGUGGAAGAUGCAAAUGAAUUGAGCGACAUAGGAGAGAAUGAAGAUGAGGACGUGAAGGCUGAAAGACAGAAAGUCAAAAAUCUAAUGCACUGCCAUAUAGCUAACCCUCCAGUAGUGAUGGUUGAAAAUUUACAUAAAGAAUAUACGAGUAGCGAGUUGAAGCUAUGUGAAUGUUGCUGUAAAUCUGAAGAAGAUACUGAAACAACAAAAGUUGCAGUAAAAUCAUUGUCUCUAGCAGUCGACGCUGGGGAAGUAUUUGGACUUUUGGGGCAUAAUGGAGCAGGAAAAACUACAACGAUGAAAAUUAUUACCGCAGAAGAAGCUCCUACCAGGGGUCGAGUCCAAAUUGGAGGCGAGAGCAUCAACUCCAAUAUGAACUCAGCCUUUCAGCUGCUAGGCUACUGCCCCCAACACGAUGCCUUAUGGAAAAAUAUCACAGUUAGGGAGCAUUUAGAAUGCUACGCUGCCAUCAGAGGAGUCUCUUACCAAGAUAUCCCGAGGAUAGUCAGUUUGUAUUUGAGUGGACUACAGAUUCACGAACAUGCUGACAAACAGACCCAGCAAUGUUCUGGGGGUACAAGAAGGAAGCUGAGCUUUGCUAUGGCAAUGGUAGGGAACCCUAAAGUGGUUUUGUUGGAUGAACCAAGUACUGGUAUGGAUCCGCGGAGUAAGAGGUUCCUAUGGGACACAAUUUUAGCAAGUUUUCAGGGUUCCAGAGGAGCUAUUCUAACCACCCACUCCAUGGAAGAAGCAGAUGCACUUUGUUCGAGAGUUGGUAUUAUGGUUAGAGGCGAAUUGAGGUGUCUUGGUUCAACUCAACAUCUCAAAAAUCUCUAUGGUGCUGGUUACACCUUAGAAAUGAAAUUAGGAGGAGGAGAUUCAACACCAACCUCAGAUUCCGGUGAUCGUCAUCAUGAAUUGAGGGAGUUUGUGGCAUCGUUGUUUCCUGAGGCUACUUUGCAGGAAAGUUUUGCCGAUAGACUGGUAUUCAGCGUACCUCAACAAAGUGUACCAUCUUUGGCCAAUUGUUUCAUGCAGUUAGAAAAAGCCAAGCUCGAAUUAGAUAUAGAAGAAUACUGCUUUAGUCAAACUACGUUGGAGCAAGUUUUUCUGAAAUUUGCCCACGAAGACGAGAUAACUGAUGAUUAGGAAAGUGAAAUAGAUAUACUUCAAAACUCCAAUAUUUUCCUGAUUGUGAUCCUGUUUAAAUUCUAAGUUCAAAAUUUGAAUCUUCAGGCAGGAGACUGCCAGAAAAUUAAAGAUAUCAUUUGAAAUUCAACACUGAUAUUUCCUUUUUCCAGUGGUUAUUUAUCUAAAUGCUGAGGUUGAACUUGAGUUGCUUUAUUUACUGUGUUGUAGAGAUAUAUUAUUUAUUAAUAAUUUUUAAUGGUGUGAUGAUUAAUUGUUAUGAACACAUUAGUCAAUUCUUGUGUCAUGUUGUUUUUUUUUAUACAGAAGGUUUUAUCAGUUGUCAUAGUUUUUAAGAGGAAUGUUUUUCAUACUGCUGAACGAAGAGUUGAUUAGGGCCUAAACUCUAAAUAUUGAAAUAAUCAUAAAUUAUUUUGAAUGAAAAAUAGUGCCUCAUAUGGAAUUGUAUAUAGUGCUUGUAUUGAAUUAUCGUUUUCGAUACUCUAGGUAAAUCUGUUAUUUAUUUAUCAAAAUGAAGAAUGAAUCGCUAGAAAACUCAACACCUUCUAUCAAUUUCUCAAUCGAGAAUCUGUAAUAAACAUCAGUAUAUUAUAAGAAAUUACUGAAUAAGCCUAAUUUCUCGGGUUACGAAACGAUAUAACAUGAGAAAUUCGAAAAAAAUCUGUAGUGCAGAAAUGUACCAAAACAAAAAAUUACAAUCAUUUGUAGAUAUAUUUUUCAUUAUUUUUCAUACAAAUUGGAAUUAUAAACGAAUGUUUGCAAACUUUAUAUUUCUUCAAAAAAAUUUGUUAAGAAUCAUUUUCUUUAGGGUAAUCUUACAAUAAUUCUGUAGGUUUUAGAAAUAUAUGUAGUGCAUUUUACCUUUCUACUUAAGUGCAAUGUUUCAGAAAUGUAAGAAUCGAUAAAAUUGUAAUAGAUAAUUGAUAUGAA